CUUCCGGGCUGCGGUGUUUGUUUGGACUGGAGAAGGGAGGUGGCGGGCGAAGCGCACGUCGAGCGGGGGAGCGGCGCUGCCUGUGGAGAUCCGUGGAGGCCGACAGGAUUCGUUGGCUGCCGUCCCCGCUGCCGUGCACUGGGUUAAAAACGACAACUAACGUCAACCAUGAAAGAUCCAAGUCGCAGCAGUACUAGCCCAAGCAUCAUCAAUGACGAUGUGAUAAUAAACGGUCAUUCUCACGAAGAUGACAAUCCAUUUGCAGAGUACAUGUGGAUGGAAAAUGAAGAGGAAUUCAACAGACAAAUAGAAGAGGAGUUAUGGGAAGAAGAAUUUAUUGAACGUUGUUUCCAAGAAAUGCUGGAAGAGGAGGAAGAACACGAGUGGUUUAUUCCAGCUCGAGAUCUCCCACAAACUAUGGACCAAAUCCAGGACCAAUUUAAUGACCUUGUUAUCAGUGAUGGCUCUUCUCUGGAAGAUCUUGUGGUCAAGAGCAAUCUGAAUCCAAAUGCAAAGGAGUUUGUUCCUGGGGUGAAGUACUAAAAUAUUUGAGUAGAUGGGGCCCUCUUUUGGUGGAUGUAGCACAAUUUCCACACUGUGAAGGCAGUAUUAGAAAACUUAAUUGUAAAAGCUCUCUCUUGUCACUGUGUUACACUUACGCAUUGCCAAAGUUUUGUUAGUCUUGCAUGCUUAAUAAAAGUGCUGAGACUGUUAUUAAGUAAAAAGCUGUCACAUUUACUGAAAAUAGAAUUGUCCCCAUGGCUUGAUGUGAAGACAGCAAGGAAAGAAGCACCAGUCAAGACGUGACAAAGUACCAAAUUAAAUGACCUCUAAAUUUUACCUAAUUGUCUAUUUUGAGGCUAAACUGGUCCCUUAAGGUUAACUAACACUUGUUAAAGUUUAAACUUUUAAAAAAUGGGUAAAUCAGAAUUAAGUUAAAAUGCUAAGGAAAUUUCUCAAUUCAGUCUUCAGUUUGCAUUUGUCCCCAUCAACAAAAAUCUCCUUUUUCUAUGAAGACCUGUUAGUUAAUUUGAAGUAAUUUAUUAAAGACAUGUUUUUGGUUACUGAGGUUACAAGGUAGUGAUGAGAACUAUUCCUGACUUUUAUGGUAUGUUAUCAUGUCAGAAAUGUUUAAUUCUCCUAAAGUACAUCUGAGGAGGUAUGUGAAUUGAGAAUUGCAUCUUCUAAGGAGUCCACUGCAUCAGCGCUAUGCCUGUGUGAAGUCUAACAUCUGGCCAACCCAUAAUCCAAUUGAACAAAGAAAUUGUAACAUUAUGAUCUGAGUGGUGCUUUUCCUUGCUUUGUUAACCAUCACAAUAGUCUGCAGCACAACUUUUCUUUUAACAAAGCUAGAACAGUUUUGGCUUCUUAAACUUCAUAUUUGGGUAGGUUAAGCUGCCAUACGUGUUCAGUGUGAAUAGUGUUUAAGUUGAAAAUAUUGUAAGAAAAUUAUAUUUUUUCAAAAAUAUUUAAAAAAAUAAAUAAUAGUAGAACUGA